GCGUGCGUGCGUGCGUGCGUUUCUCCGGCCUGCGCGCGCGCGCGUUGCGUCCUCUCUCGAUCGGCGCCACGGUUCGCGGCCGGCCGGCGCCGCCGCUGCCGCGUUCCCGUGCGGCUCAUCUGUUCGCCGAAAGGCGCCUCUGCGCUGCGCGCGUGCGUUCCUCCUCGCUCGCUCGUUCGUCCGUCAGGCAAACCGUUCGUCAGGACAGAGCAUCUAUUCUCUCGUUGUUUCGGUUAUUUCUGUUUGUUUUCUUCACUGCGAGAGCAUGUUCGCCGAAGUCCGCGUUGAUGAUUGGGAUUUGCUACCUGUUGUUGUUGAUUUGUCUCUACUCUGUCUGUGGUCUGUACCGCAUGCCUUCCGAUUUCUGCAUGGGCAGGCAGAUAUGGCCAAACGGACCUCUGUUUUUCGAUAGGAAAUGGUUUGUUCUAGCGUUUUUUUUUCUCUUUUGCCUUUCAUGGAUCGGGAGUUACCAAGUGGGAAACCUCGAGCUGUUCAUCGUGAAUUCGUGAUAUGUUUUCCAUGCCUCAAGUUGCGCAUGGACCGAGUCACUGCACUAUGUGGACUCCAUUCCAGAGCAGAUGGGUUGCUGAAUCUGAUUCUGAUGGACGGAUUUUUCUCCAGCAAUUCAAUGGACGGGUUGUCCAGAUGGAGUGGAUUGGUUUUUGCAUGCAGCAGGCCACGAUCUGGUUGAUGGUAGAAGUACUGAUUGUUUAUUUCUGACUUUGUUGAUGGUUGCUGUUGCUGUUGUUUGUAUUGGAUGGAUGGGUUUUUCCUCCAGCAAUUGAAUGGAUGGGUUGUUGAACGGAGUGGAUUGAUUUUGCAGCAGUCAUGAUCUGAUUGGUGGUACAAGUACUAAGUACUGUACUAGUAACUACUUAUUUUUGACUCUUGAUUGAUUGAGUAAUGACUAAUGAGAGUAGCCCUUUUGGUUGGGGUACAGAAUUUUUGUCCAAGGAGUCGAGGACAGUAUCUGUCACACUGCCUCCACAGUUUUUCUUGUUUAGAUUUGUAAGCUGGAGAUCUCCUCUCAAGUGAAUGAGCCUAGUGAUGAUAUUGAGUAGCACAGCGGAUUCCGCCCUCCCUACGCUGUUGAUUUCAGAGUCUCCAUUGAUUAGCACUUCUUUUUGCCUAACCAAGGGCAUUGUUUAGUAAUUUUUCAUAUACAUGAUUUGUUUUCUGAGUCAUGAGGAAUGGAUGUGCAGCCUAGUAUUGUUUUUCUUAAUCCUCCUGGGGUCAGUCUCUUUCUGUGUCAAGUUACUGAAAAGAGCGCAGAAGAAUUACUUGCUUAACAUGUGACCAGAUUUUCGGCGACAGUUCUCCGGUUCUUCCUUGGAAGCUUUCUCAGCCUUCUUGAUUUGCAAUCCCUGUUGGUUGGCUGUGGAUGUGCUUUCACGGUUCAAGUAUGCUGUCCCAGGAUGAAAGAAGGAAAUCGCAAUAUUCUUCUUCACUAAAGUGGCUCUUCCUAACUACUAUAGUUUUAUUUCGUGGUCGUCUAAUGAUUGAUUAGUGGUUCAGACACUAACUAACAAGGAUACAGACAGGCAUUGUUUAUCUGGCGUGUCUUCAGAAAUGGUUCGGUUGCAGUUUGGUGGGUGUCUGUGUGCAUGUUUUAGGAAAGAUGGGUGUUUACAUCACCAUCAUUGACCCCCCUUUUUAAUCUAGAAAAGGCGCAAACGACCCUCUUAAGUUACUUCUUAUUCGCUUGUUCGUCAGUACUCUGUUACUUUAUGCCUUUCCUCAUGAUUAAGACCUUCAUUUGCCCUGCGGAUCUUUGUGGAUACUUGGCUAGGCACCAUCUUUAUGUGUACUAAAUCUGUUCGGCCAUACUCUUUUCCAUUAUGGUCUGGAGGCAAUGAUCUGUUUGGAGUUGGAAAAGUCAUUAGGUAUGUGCUUUGAUAGGUUGUUAAUCACUGUCCAUUAUGUUCAUGACAGGUCACAGACCUAACUGAAGUCGAGGCACUGUUCCAUAAUCGGCGCGGGUGGUGCUCUGCUCAUAAGGAAUCAUUCAUUCUUCUUUUAUGCUGCCGGGCCCAGGACAAAUGGCCCAGCUGUUGCACCCUCAGGACUCUGGGUUUUAUGGAAGGAAGGAAAUGGGGGGCCGAUGGAGCUUUCUUGAGUUGUUUGGCCUUCGCCGGCGCCUACGGUCCACGAAGAAGAUGAUCUCUGACAAGAAACAUGGAAGUAGGCUUCGAGGUUGCUAUGUUCCAUUCAAAGACGAAGACAGUGGUGUCACGGAUGAGCAGAGAGCUGUCAUAGAUGAGUACAAAAACACUAAAGUUAAAAAUAAACACAAGGGUUCAAAAAAGAGUUCUGGUAAGUCGGGUCUGAAGUCAUUAUUUUCAAGAAAAUUGUACGGAAAGGAAGAUCAGAAAGAGAAGAUGCUUCCUGUUGGACCAAAGCUGCUGCGCACCCUUUCGAUACAUUACUUGGAAAACAAUGACUAUGUUCUGAAUGGUCAGUCAGCUGCCAAUGGUGACAGUUCUUCACACGACGCUAAACUGUCACUACCAAAUGACACCAGUACAAACUUGCAACAGGAUACGUUAAGCAACCUGGAUGGUUCUGGUACUGACCAUGUGAAACGGAAGAGCCACCGUAGCAUCUCCAUGGAUGGGAUUCUUCACAAGGUACCCUAUGGGCAGAGGCUUUCUGGAGAUAACAUUAGACAAGAACUUCCUCGAUCAGCCUCUGCCACAUAUGACAGGGAUGGUCUGAAACCUUGCAUUGGUACUGCUGCAAAGAGACAUGGGAACAGCGGUUUUCGGCGUUCGCGUUCCCUAUCUGAAUCACUGGAGAGCUACUCUCACUUGCUUGAUUCCAUUUCAAGCAGUGAAUCCAAAAGGCUGCUGACAAGCUCGAAGUCCACUAGGGAUCACUCUUUGGAUGGCCUUGGUGCAGCAACUGCACUGCAGAGAACUUCCAUUUCUCAGCUCAGAUCAAAAAGUGUGGUUAGACUUGCUGAAUUUCUUGUGAUUCCAGAAGACACAUUGGCACCAGAAGUUCCAGAGGAAAUAGUUGGAGAUGUGAAACUUGCUGUGGAUGAGGGUUCUUGUAAUGAGGUUGCUGGUGGCUCUGAGGAUCCUGUGUCACUUGAAGAGUUGUUGAGCGAGUGCGACGUCGUGGAAUCAUCGACUGAAGACAAUUUAUGUAUUGCUCCUUUAGCUUCAGAGGUGGUUGAUGUUUCAGAAGAACAAGCUCCUUUAGCUUCUUCAGAGAUGGUUGAUGUUUCAGAAGAAGCUGCAACUUAUGAUGAUGAUCUGGAGGUUCUCUCAUCGACCCAAGCCAAGCUGUGUACCGACCCUUCAGCAUCUGAAGUUGACAUCCCAGAAGAACAUGCAACAACCUGUAAUGAUGAUGAUCUUAUUCACUCGUCAACUGGAGCUGAUCCUUGCACUCUUCUUAGUCUUCUGCUAUCAGCAGACGUCGACAUUGCAGAACAGCAAGUGCCACCUUCUGAUGAUCAAAUUCGGUCAUGCAUCACCCAACCUUCAGAAGACAUCGACAUUGCAGAAGAACUGGCAACAAUCUCUGAAGACAAUCAGAUCCAUUCAUUCGAUUCUUUGAAAUCAGUCAAAGGUACUAGCUGUGUCCCUGACCCCAAUAGAGAUACUGAAGAUGAGUUAAAUUUAUGCUGUGAACAAGAAACUGAAAGUCCAACCUCUGUUCUGGAUGUGGCCUUCUCAGACCAUCCUGCUGCUAGUUCAGAGAACCAAACAAUGCUGAAUGAUUCGUCGCUGGUGGAAAAAACUGUCCAUUCAAAUGAAGCACAUGACCAUUCAGUUGGCACUGAUGAUGAUCUUGAUUCUAGCACUUCUGUCAAACCACCAACUAGCUCAUCGACUGAGGAGAACAUACUUCUUCAGGAGAACAACCUCACCGACCUCAACGCUCUCCAAGAAGCAGCAGAUGAUCCAAAGAACGAGGCCGAGCUGGCGUACGUCAACGACAUAUUCAACAAGUCGAGCUUCCGCGACGAGGCGCUGUUCGAAGCUUGGCGCUCGCAGAACCGCGCCGCGCUCCAGGAGGACGACUGCCAGCACUACGACGCCGCGGCGGCGGCCAUCGACUUCACCGACAUGUCGGCCGACGAGCUGCUCCUCUUCGACCUGACAAACGAGGCGCUGCUCGAGGUCUACAAGGACUACGCCGCCGGCGAGUCCAGGCAGCCCCGCUUCUCCUCCUUCCAGCGGCCCAAGCCCGUCGGCGACCGCGCCCUCAGGGAGCUGCGGUCCAGGGUGGGCCGCCAGCUAGACGAGCGGCCGCAGUCCGGCGUGGAGGUCGACGUCGACGCCGUGCUGUCGAGCGACCUGGGCAAGGCGGAGCGCUGGAGCAACUUCCGGCGAGAGGCCGACCAGGUGGCGAGCCUGGUGGCCAACUCCGUGCUCGACAGGCUCGUCACCGAGCUCGCGCUCCAGCUCGCAAAGUUUUGAGUCUUGAUGAUAGAUAGUUAGCCAUUCAUUUAUUCUGCCUGCCCCAUUUUUUAUUGGUUAGUUAAUUAAUUUAGCUGCUUGAUGAUGAUGAUAUAUACACCAUGGAAGUGUGAGGGGAUGUUACAUUACAUUACAUUACAAUAUCAUGUAGAUAUCAGAAACCAUUUUUGGUUCUUUCCUCCUGGGAGAGGAGAGGAGAAUACAUAGGAACAUGAGUCAGGAGAAUGUUGUUAGGUCAUCUUAGUGUGAUGAGUCAUCUAGACUAGUUGCUGAGAAUUGAGUGGACAUGGGAGGCACUUGUUUUGUACUAGUGUCUGUUUUGAAUGUAUCUUGCUUCAGGUAAGAAAAAUCUUGGAACAACAAUUUGUCGGUU